AUGGCCAAUUCAUCAGCACCAGCAUCAGCACCAGUCUCCCAAUGGAAAUUGUCUGUACUCUGUUUAGCCUCCGAGGACAAAGCGUCGCUUAUAUCUGAAUGCUCCUUGGUGGAGAGGGUUCACCACGUUCGCACUGUUGCUGCAGCUGUUCAAGCGCUGGAGAAACACAGCUACCACAUGUUGGUUGUGGCUCUAGGAACAACACCGGAGGAUCAAGUGAUUCAACGUGAUAAUAUUCAAACGGGGAAUCUAACUAGUCCACUCUUUCUGUUGGCCAUGCGAAGAUCGCCGUUGAUGUACCGGAUUGUCUUUUCUCGCACGGCUUGUCAAUCUCGAGACUCCUUUCGACUUUGCAUCCACGUCGGUGCGGAUGCCGUCGUGUGCAGUAAAGAAGAGUUGGAAUCCUCGAUGCGCGGUCUGUUCAAUAUUACUGAUGCAGUAGCGCUACCAACAUUAUCAACACAAGAUGCUUUGCUGACUGUCGCUCCCAACAAACCGACUGUUUCGAACGAGGUAGUCGACAACCGUCGACAACGAGAGAAGCAACUUCUAGAUGUUGCACGGGGAUGGAAGACGCAUCGUUUUCAACAAAGCCACAACUGGACUGUGGCAUUGCAUCAAAAAGUGGCACGGCUUGUCGUCACUUCGCAGUCGUCGACAAGACAUCCACAUGAAACCAAUAGUAGCAUCCGUGUCAUUCAUGUUUCAGAUACCCACAAUCAGCAUCGUCUUCUCAAGAUUCCACCAGGCGAUAUGUUUCUCCAUUCUGGAGAUAUUUGCAACUACAAGAACCCACACACGAAUCUGGUGGAACACUUUGCAGACUUUUUGGACUGGUUGCACAACGAAAUUUGCCCACGGUUCGCUAAAGUGGUAUUUAUUGCAGGAAAUCAUGAUGUGUAUUUGGAUAUGGAUAAGUUGGAUCCGCGCUACAUAAACCGCAAUCGAGACGCCCAUCAGCAUGCCCAACGUAUUCUGCAAUCAUUUCUGGAGCAACAUGACAAUGUAUCCUACCUCCAAAACAGCACGACCACCUACCGUGGCUUGACCAUUUACGGCACCCCAACUUGCAUCUGUCGAGCCGAGUGCAUGGGAAAGCGAUAUCUAUCCAACGGAUUCGAACUCAGUGAAAAGGAGCGCGAGAAACUCUGGAGUCGAAUCCCUGAAAAUGUGGAUGUAUUGCUCACGCAUGUUCCUCCGUUGGGCUUUGGUUCUGACGACGAAUCAAAAGCGUGCAAACUGUUAACCCAACAGGUCCACCGACAUGGUCGGCAUCAUCCAUUAUUGCACGUCUUUGGGCACAACCAUGGUCAUUAUGGCGUUGCGCAAGCGCUGAAUGAAGAUCUCUCUUCUGCUACUUUAUUACUCAAUGGAUGCCAAGAAAGCCUGCUCAUGAUCGAUCCGUCCGGUGGUGGGUCGCCGUUGAUUGUGGAUUUGCCUCUCUCGUAG